AUGGACACUCCGCCAACACAUGAAGAUCCACGCAAAGUGGUUCUUAGCCCAUUACAGAAAGAACAAACAGAUGAAAGCGAAGGGGCAACCGAAGAAGAUACCGAGAUGAAAUCCGAGGAAGACUCCGAAGAGGACACCGAGGACACGGAAAAUGAAGCCCCCAGAAAGGCAGAGAGAAAGAGCUCCCAGAGAGAAAGAGCAAGAAGGGCUGUGAGGAAGGUGGCCUUGCAAAAGCUCGAAACCCUGUUUGAAGAUCAGCAUGAUCAGAUAGAAAAGCAUGAAGAAGAGACAGCCCGGCAUAGGGCCGAAAAGGAGCGACUAACUGCCGAUAUCGAGCGACAAAGAGAAGAGAUGGCGAAGAUGUCAGCCCGGAUGGACGACCUGCUGAAAGAGUUGAAAGAAACUCGGAAACUGAUUGUUUCAUGUUGA